UCAUGUGUCAAUUUUAUUUUAUGGGAGGGGAAUCUUCUAAAAAAGUAUAAUUUUUUUUUUUUCAUAUUUUAUAUAUAAUACAAAGUUUACCUGUUAUUUUGUAAUUAUACCUGAUAAGUGUUAAGUUUUACGUUAUAUAACAUACUUUAAAUGUGAUAUUAAAAUUAAAAAAGUGUCAUAUUUAGAAAAAUUGUUGAACAUUACGAAAAUUUUUGACAUUUCCAAAUAAUAUUUAUUACCAGUUUUAAAGAAAAAUCAUGGACAACGAAGAAUGUUUAAAAAUUGUCAAAAGUGCAAUAAGAACAUAUGAAAACUUUCCUAAAGAAGGCGUUAUAUUUCGAGAUAUAUUUGGAAUAUUUCAAGAUGUUACGGCGCUAAGAGCUCUUAAAGAACUCAUUGUUAGACAUGUUUCAUCUUUGGAUGUAGACAUAAUUGUCGGUUUAGAUUCUCGUGGUUUUUUAGUGGGACCAAUAAUUAGUUUAGAACUUGAAAAACCAUUUUUACCAAUAAGAAAAAAAGGAAAACUUCCUGGCGAGGUUUUCCAAUACAAUUACACACUCGAAUACGGAGAGGCUACAUUUGAAAUUCAAAAAAAUAAUCUCAGUUCAGGAAAAAGAGUUUUAAUUGUUGACGAUUUACUCGCAACGGGAGGUUCAAUGUCAGGAGCGAUUCAAUUGUUGAAAAAAAGUGGAGCUACAGUUGUUGAAUGUCUUGCUGUAAUUGAACUCAUUGAAUUAAAUGGACGAGCAAAAUUAGACGCACCUGUUCAUUCUAUAGUUCAAUAUUGAUUAAAUUAAUUUUAAAAAAAGGCGACUAUCAAUCUCAGCGAAUCUUGACAAAAUUUUUAAAUUUCUCCAAUUAUCAUAUUAUAGUCGUAUUUUAAAAAUUUUUUUAUUCUAAUUUUAUAUUGUAGAUAUAAAUUAUAGAGCUGAAUUAAAAAAUCGAAAUAAAAAAUUGAAUUUAAAAAUAAA